AUGGUGAGCACAAUUGGGAGGCCGGUUAUGGUGGAUAAAGUGACGCAAAGUAGAUCGAUGGUGAAAUAUGAGAGGAUAUUGGUGGAUAUGGAGAUUUCGGAUCAUCCUCCGAAAUCUAUUUCUUUUAUUAAUGAAAGGGAUCAAUUAACUGAACAAUUGGUGGAGUAUGAAUGGCUUCCCUCUAAGUGUGCUGCCUGCUCGAAUCUAGGUCAUGUUAUGGAAAAUUGUAAUAAGAACAAUGGUUUGAGUUGGAGGAAGAAAUCUAAUGAUGAGAAUGGCGCUAAAUCAGACAAGAACAUAGUCAAUGCAGAGGAGGAGAUUCAACAGCCUUCUGGGUCUGUUAGUCCUACGCCCAGAGCGGGUAAUUCAUCUAGCUAUGGAGAGGAAGAGAGGACCAGUAGAUUUCUAGAGCAAAAGGUCUCAAAGGUUAGUAGUGUUGUUCAGGAUAGCUCAAAAGUUGUUCAGCAAGCUGGAAAAGGGAGUUCUGAUGUUGCUGGAAGCUGGAUUACUCCCAAAAGGAGAGGUGCUAGACAAGGGGUGGCAGAUGCUCACAAGUCCGAUUUAGCUCUAGGCAAGGCUAAUUCGGGCAAUGGUUAUGCUGUGCUGCAAGAUUUUGGGAUUGGUCAUUUGGUUACUAAUUCUAUCCCAAUUAAUCCUAUUGUUUCUGGUAGGAUCUUAGUUGUUUGGCAAACUAAGUUUGUGAAGGUUGAUAUCUUGCUUGAAGAUCCUCAACUUAUUCAUUGUAGGAUCAGAGUGAGUGGCCAGCAGGAAAUAUUUUUCGCUACAGUGGUUUAUGGUAGCAAUUCUAUGGGGGAGAGGAAACAACUUUGGGAUAAAUUAGCUAGUAUUGGUCAAUUAAAGUUUCCUUGGAUAAUUUUUGGAGACUUUAAUGCCAUGUUUAGCUACCAAGAUAUGAAUGGUGGGAGACAAAUCCUUGCUAAGGACAUAGCUGAUGCUCAAGAUUGGUUGGCUUUAGGCCAAGUAGAGGAACUUAAAUGUGAUGGAGCUCUCUAUUCGUGGUUGAACAAACAGGAGGCAGGAGGCCGUAUUUUCUCUAAAUUAGAUAGAGUUUUUAUUAAUGAUCUGUGGCUGGAUGCUUUUCCGAAGACUGAAGCUCGCUUCAAAUGGGACUGCAUUUCUGAUCAUAGUUUCUAUGUGAUUCGUAAUCAAGAAGUUAACAAGGUGGGAUUUAUCCCUUUUCCUUUUGGUAACCACUGGAUGCAGUAUAGAGGCUAUAGAAAUGCAGUUCUUCGUUGCUGGAAUGCACCAGUUGUUUCUGGUGGAGGUCUUUGCAAGGUAGUCCAUAAAUUGUAUCGGGUGAAGCAUAUUUUGAAAAGGUUCAACAGAGAGGAGGUUGGUAAUGUUGUUUUGAGUUAUAGGGAGGCUAAGGAGGAAUUUAGUAGAGUUCAGGAGGCAUUGGCUACUAAUCCUUCUGAUCUGUCUCUGCAUCAAUCAGUUACACAAGCUCAACUCAAUGUUUCAGUCAUGUAG